AUGACUGGACAUGGCUCUUGGAAACAUCACCCGACAAGAAGUGAUGGUGGGAAUCUGUUGAUUGCAAGAAGACAAGCACGAGACUCGAUAUUGAAACAUCACCCGACAAGAAGUGAUGGUGGGAAUCUGUUAAUUGUCCAACGGCUUGGGCGGGACAGAUCUAACAAUGAUAUUAACGUACUGCAAUCUUCAUAUUUGUUUGACCAACUAGCACAAGGUAUUUCUCCUCCUGCUAAUUAUAGUAUUUUAGGAAAGAAUUAUGAUACAGGUUACUACUUGGCCGAUGGGAUAUACCCCAAAUGGUCUACUCUUGUACAAACAAUAUCCCAACCACAAGGGCCUAAGAGGAAGCUCUUUGCUGCUAUGCAAGAAGGAUAUCGAAAAGAUGUAGAGCGGGCUUUUGGUGUUCUUCAGUCACGAUUUGCCAUUAUCAAGGGACCAUCACGUUUUUGGGACAAGCGGAGACUACACGACAUAAUGACUGCUUGUAUUAUACUACAUAACAUGACUGUGGAGGAUGAACGCGAUGCAGAACCAGAGAUUAUUGUUCAUGACGAAAUUUCAAAACCUGAAGAGAUAGAUAUUGAUGAUGCCGAACGAUUCCAACGAUUCCUUGAUCGACAUAGGAAGAUUCAAGAUAGGGAAGCUCAUUUUAUGCUUCGAAACGCACUAAUUGAACAUUUAUGGCAGAAGCACGGCAACGAAGGAAUGUAA